CCCAUCGCGCGCCGCUUCAUCGCCGUGUCCUCGCGCUGACUUCCGGCGGCAGGUUCACUCGGCAGGCCGUCUUCGCUCCUUUCCCUGCCCUCUCCGCUCUCUACCCCAACGCCUCCGCGUCCACGCCGCUCGCCCAGGCACGUCGCACCAUCUCGCAUCCACGCAACACGCUCGCGCCCCAACUAAUUCCACCACCCUCUCUCCUUUACGACUCACCCUCCCACGCGCACUAUGCCCACCAUGAUGUCCGCGCCCUACGAGAUACGGACGGGCGGCGACGGCAAGAGCAAGAAGCAGAGCAUGGCCGAGUUGAAGCUGCGACGUCUCACCGAACUGAACCAGCGCCUGCGGGAGGAUCUGGAACGCCGCAGGAUACCCGUGUCGGAAGCUGCGUUAGAUCUGAUUGCUUUCACGGACAAGGAGCCCAAGGACUGGAUGGUCCCGUCACGAUGGGGAACGAUCGACAAGCGCGAAGACCCCUACGCUCCCCAGCAAAGUAACGGCUGCUGCAUCGUAAUGUGAGACACCGCGGCAGACGAGAUGCAGCGCGAGAUGUCUGAGUAACGGCGUUCAAUGGGGCCCUUCACGGCAGCUUCUUUUCUUUAUUCCUGUUUAUCGAUUUUGAAGGUGGUGAUAAUACCCACGGUGCACAGCAGUCCGGCGAAGCUGAUAUUCAAACGGACGGGUCAUGUACAUUCGGCAAUGUGUAAAUUACGGGAAAAGAGGACGCUCGCUGCCUUUCCAUGUUCGCAGCGCAGUAGGGUUUCCAGGUUCUUUCAACGGGCGAGUCAACUAUUCUGUCUUGCCAGGUACUUCAAUUAAUGAGAUUAGAGCAGUCUCUCUUAGGAAUGUUCAACACUUUUUCACAUCUAGUAAUUGCAUCCCCACGUC